ACGGCCGUGGUUGUGUAGGACUGUAAUUUAGCUGUUUAUAUAAUAUAGUGUAUUAGUGUUUAUAUAGUGGUUAAAUUAUUGUUAUUUGUUAACAUUUUCCUAAUUUUCUAUCGCACAACGUAAUAGUUAAACAGAUUAUUUAAAAUAGCAAAUUAUCGACCAAUUUAAAUGACAGUCUUCUAAUGCGGACCUUUAGCAUAUUUUAUCUGCAGUACUAUCGUGACGUUGAGAUGUCUACUAGUUAGUUCGAGCAAUUUGGGAUCCGUCACAUUUUGUCCCGAUUUCUAGUAUUUGACAUUCAACGCUUACAAUCAAAUCCCUGAUAUUAUUCAUCUACCUUAAUAAUUCGGAAUAAAUAUGAGCGUAGUACAAGGUGGACUCAGCAAGCUUAAGAAGAAACACAUUGGAGUGAAAAGACAGAAGGUUAAGUUGUUCCGUGCCAAUGAGCCACUGCUGUCUGUUCUCAUGUGGGGUGUGAAUCAUACUAUUAAUGAAUUGAGCCAUGUAACAAUACCAGUAAUGCUACUUCCUGAUGAUUUUCGAGCGUAUUCAAAAGUUAAAGUUGACAACCAUUUGUUUAACAAGGAGAAUAUGCCUAGCCAUUUUAAAAUCAAAGAAUACUGUCCAUUGGUGUUCCGUAAUCUGAGGGAACGUUUUGGUAUUGAUGAUCUGGAUUACAAAGAGUCAAUGACAAGAUCACAGCCUGUUUCAGCAGAUGCCACAGGCAAGAGCAAUGCAGGUUUUUACUAUUCAUACGACAAACUAUUCAUCAUUAAAACAUUAACAAGUGAAGAAGUUGAAAGAAUGCACUCAUUUUUAAAACACUAUCAUCCUUACAUAGUAGAGAGACAUGGAAAAACUCUUCUUCCUCAAUACUUGGGAAUGUAUCGCUUGACUGUUGACGGUGAUGAACAUUAUGUCGUAGCCAUGAGAAAUGUGUUUAKCAAUCAUUUGGCCACACAUAAAAAAUUUGAUCUCAAAGGUUCCACAGUAGAUAGAGAAGCUUCAGAUAAGGAGAAGGAAAAAGACUUACCAACAUACAAAGACAAUGAUUUUGUUAAAGAGCGUACAAAAAUAUACAUUGGAGAUGAAGCAAAAGAUAAGUUAUUAGAAACAUUAGGAGCAGAUGUUGAUUUUUUGACCGGCUUACAUUUGAUGGACUAUAGCCUAUUGCUAGGCAUACAUGAUUGUACUCGUGCUGAACGUGAAAGGGAAGAGGCAAUUGCUAGUGGGACUGGAGAUGUUAAUGCAGAAGAAGAAGAUGAAGACGCUGAAGAUAGUGAGGGUGCUGGAAAUACUGUAACCUGGGCAAAUACACCUCCAGAUUCACCGCAUAGUUUAUUAGCCCGUGAUACAAGUCUCUGUCAGUAUGAUGCAGCUGCUAUAAUACCUGAUCUCGAUAUAUAUGCCAUACCAAGUAGUGAAGGUGCCCCUGUACGAGAAAUUUAUUUCAUUGCAUUGAUUGAUGUACUUACACAUUAUGGUGUAAAGAAGCAGGCAGCUAAAGCAGCUAAAACAUUGAAGCAUGGAUCAAAUGUGGAUGGCAUAUCAACAUGCGAUCCUGAACAAUAUGGCAAACGUUUUAUUGAGUUUUUAUCAAAAGCCAUCGAAUAAAUUAUAAUUUAAAAUUUCUUCCAUUUUGAAAACAAACAAUAUAUAUAGUGUGCUAAGUAUUAUUAUUUAAUGGUAGUUUUGUAUACGGCAACGCUUGCUUUAAACACUAUAUAUUAUUACAGGUUUGAAAUGAACAUACUUUAUUUUUUACAUAUUUUUUA